UCUUUCUUUCCUUUAUACGACUUGUCAGGAUUCAACUUGUUCCGGAUUUCACCUCAUAGGAAUAUUCAUUCCAAAACAAAAAACAAAGUUGAUACGCGGUUUUGUGUCAUGUCAUCAUCAUUCAGAGGACUCAUUCCUCAUCAACUCAUCAUCGCCAAUAAUGAAUAUCUUACUUUACUCGCUCUUUUGACUUUAGUAGCGCUUGUUGGAAUCGCAGCAAGCUUCUUGCUUGUUUCUAAAAGAAACUCUAAAAACACCAUCCUACUCACAGGAUUACCUUUUGCUGGGAAGACUGCUAUUCACUAUUUGAUCAAUCAUGGCAAGUCUGUAGAGACUGUUACUUCUAUUAAGGAAAAUGAGGCCGACGCUGUUUUGAUCGAUGGAAAGACCCCAGCUCACAUAGUGGAUAUUCCCGGACAUGAGCGUCUUCGUUUCAAAUUCUCAGAGUUUAUGCCGAUUGCUCGCGCAGUAGUCUUUGUUGUUGACAGCUCAACGGCCUCACGUCAAACGCGCCUCCUAGCAGAAUACCUUUACGACGUUCUCGCGGAUAAAUUUACCCAAAACGAGCGAAUUCCAGUAUUGAUUGCAUGCAACAAGUCUGAUCUCUUGACGUCUUUCAAGAAAGAACGUAUCCAGACUUUGUUAGAGACAGAAAUUAAUAAGCUGCGUCAGACACGAGCCGCUGCUUUAGAUACCCAGGACACUGACGGCAAUGAGAACGUCUUUUUGGGAUUUGAAGGAAAGGAUUUCACAUUCCAGGAUCUCGAGAAUGAGGUUGAGUUUUUAGAGUGCUCUGCUGAAAACAAAGACAUUGAAAGGAUCAAGGACUGGAUGGCUGGUGUUCUAUACUAAUCAGGAGUAUGCAAACAUACGAGUUUACAUUUACCUCACCUACUAUCAGAAUUCUGCAUAUUGUACUAGUACGC